CCUGUGUUUCUCUAGAAGCUUCUUAACCGACAUACUUUCCGAACCAUAUUUAGCCUCCACUACUUAUUACUCACGAGCCUGCUCCCCUUAUCAGUUCGUUGUCCUGCUUUCGUUGGAUAGCUACGCAUCAGUGCUUGUGUUGCCGAAGCUCACACUUGCUUUGAUUCCUUGAGAUUCUUGCUUAAACCUGCGACCUCUCUCAAAUUCAGUCGACACCCACUUAAGUCUGAUCAUAUGAUUACCGACCGACGCAUCAAAAAUCUCAUCUCGCUUUGAUUCAUGAUCUCCCUUUUCACUAGAACCCACUUCUAUUGCGUCCUGUAAUCGCCAGACCCUCAAUCAAAAUCCGAACUUGGUCGAAAUCAGAACUCGGUAGUCUCCGGCCAUGGAUCCUCUUCCCGCUGAAGUUAAGGUGGAGUAUUCCGAUGGCCCAUCUGCUGCUCCCCCUCCUCGGCCCAAGGAGGGACUGUACGAAGUGGGCCCACCUCCGUUCUUGACGAAAACCUACGAGAUGGUCGACGAUCAGAGCACCGUCGGGAUUGUGUCGUGGAGUGGGGCCAGCAAUAGCUUUGUGGUGUGGGACCCGCAUGCCUUCUCCAUGACCAUCCUCCCGAGGUACUUCAAGCACAGCAACUUCUCCAGCUUCGUCAGGCAGCUCAAUACAUAUGGCUUUCGAAAGGUGGAUCCAGAUAAAUGGGAGUUUGCAAACGAACGAUUCCUCAGGGGUCAAAAGCAUCUUCUCAAAACUAUAAGAAGAAGAAAGGCACCCCCUAAUCCACCUCAUCAACUUCAAUCCCUCGGUUCAAGCCUAGAAAUUGGAAGAUAUGCAUUAGAUGGAGAAAUUGGCGGGCUUAAGAGAGACAAAAACAUACUGAUGAACGAGGUUAUAAAGCUAAGGCAAGAGCAACAGAACACUAGAGCUCAUCUCCAAGCCAUGGAAGAGAGGCUAAAAGGAACCGAGCAGAAGCAACAACAGAUGAUGACUUUCUUGGCGAAAGCAAUGCAAAACCCUAACUUGCUGCAGCAAUUUGCUCAGAAGGAGCAGCACAGGAAAGAGCUGGAAGAAGCUAUUAACAAGAAAAGAAGAAGACGGAUAGAGUUCAGGCCUGAUGAUGUUGAGCCGGUACUUGAGCUUGAAGGCGAGGGACUAAAAGAUUUGUAUCAGUUUGAAGGUUCUGAGUUAGAGAGCUUGACUAUUGGACGUGAGGCUUUGGAGAAUGAUGGGGAAGUUAUAGAAGACGUUGAAGAGGAAAGUGGAGAGCUUAAUGAUGAUUUUUGGGAGGAGCUGCUGAAUGAAGGAAUAGGGAGAGACUAGGAGCCAUUAGCUUUAAUACUCCUGAGGAGACAUUUCCAUCAUCUUAUUCAGAAUGAGGAAUCAUGAGGGUAGAAUUGUGGAACAAAGGAGAGAGAAACCGAGCAUAUAUCCUUCCGUCACAUGAUCACUUUUAGUUUCUGAAUUACUUUUUUUUUAAGUUUGGAGUAAUCCAUUAUUUGCAGAAAUUGGCCUUGUCUGAAAUUUGUCUAAUACCUGUUUUUUAGCAGAUCAGAAGUCCAUUGCGGAGGUUAACUUUAACAGUUGGCUGAUUGAUUUAAUUUGAGGACGCAUGGUGCUCUUAUUACCGUGCUAGCAUGGAUAGCUUCUAAUUGAAGUAUUAUCAAGUACGUGGGGAGGGAUAUGUGAUGAAGCCGAGGCUGCUCUUUGCCGUCAUAAGAUCUAGUUUGGACUAUUUUUUCGUAUUGAAGCCAAGGGAGAAGUGUGUGGGACAACCGAUGGACAAUCAUUUACAAUUUUACAUUGAACGCAUGAAGUUUAGUAAUAUAGAUAUAGUGAUUACCUGGAUUAUUUGCAAAAAUUUUCAAUGUUAAUGAGAUACGGGUCUCCCUUUUCUUUCUACCUGGUGGUGGUUGAGAUUUGAGUAUAGAUGAAUGAAUAGUUUAGAUGAA